AGCACGGAGCUCUUCAGUCAAUGACAGCGCUCACAUUCUCCUCUUAAAGAUGCUUGUACUGGUCAGUCUGUGCGCGCUGCUGAUCGCCGGAGCUUCUGCCCGCAACGACAACGGCAAUUUUUUGGACGACAAAUGGUUGACCGGGAGAUGGGAUAAAUUCAGAGAUGAAGCAGGAACAUGGAGCCCAGGAAAACCAUUCGAUCAAGCUCUGGACCCUGCCAAAGAUCCGUGCCUCAAGAUAAAAUGUGGCCGCCAUAAAGUGUGUGUUGCUGAAGAUUACCAAACACCCACCUGUGUUAGUCAACGUAGAAUGAGUUUUAAGGACAUGAAUAUGAACUCACCACUGCUGAAAUGCAAAAGAUGUCCAGUUGUGCACCCUUCACCUGUUUGUGGAACAGAUGGACACACUUACUCCACCAAGGUAAUACAUACACUACCUGCUUGUGAGAACUGCCACUGUGUGUGUGUGUUUCUAUCUUGCAUCUCUGGGAAGCAGAUUUCUGUGAAGUGUCCAGGACAGUGUCCCUGCCCUUCAGGAAAUCCAGCAGAGAAGAGAGAAUGUGGUAAUGCAGAGAUGAUUGAAGUGGUCAGCAGAUUACGAGAGUGGAUCACAGUUCUUCAUGAGAGUGGCAAUCCCAGCAAGAAAUACAAGUUCCAGAAGCCAGAAAAGAAGGUCGACAUGAGCAAGGUGCCCCUCUGUAAGGACUCUCUAGGCUGGAUGUUCUCCAGACUGGACACAAACUUUGACCUUCAGCUCGACCAAUCAGAGCUGUCCAGCCUGAGCUCAGAGAAGAGUGAUGUGUGCACUAAAGCCUUCCUCAGGUCAUGUGACCCAGACAGAGACAGGCUUGUUUCCAGCCAGGAGUGGUGUUCUUGCUUUCAGAGAUAUCAAGAGGCUCCCUGCCAGUCAGAGAUCACCAUCAUCCACAAACAGCAAGCUGGGAAGAAAUUACUGGGUCCGUACAUCCCCUCCUGUGAUGAGGAUGGCUUCUUUAGGCCUCACCAGUGUCAUGGCAGCAGUGGUCAGUGCUGGUGUGUGGACCGCUAUGGAAAUGAGAUCGCUGGGUCUCAUACCCAUGGCCCUGCUGACUGUGCUGUGGAGUCUUCCGGAGAUUUUGGCAGCGGUGACUCUCUGCUCUCAGACGAUGAAGAUGGUGAUGUUGUAAAUGAUGAAGAGGAGAUGGGAGAUGAUGAUGAUGAAUAUGAACAAAUUGAUGAUGAGUAUGGGUACCUAUCAUAACCCGUUUUCCGCUGUCUUUUUUAUUAUUAUUUUAAAACAUUUAAAAACAAGGAACCAAAUAAAUGACAGACUUUCAUUUGGCCUUAAAGCACGUUUCUAGGUGAUCUCGGCAGAGUGCAGUACUAUCAUUACUAAAGAGUUCAUCUACCCCUGUGCCGUAUAACAUUUAUACAAAAUUAAUAACCACAUUUCAUUUUUAUUACUUUUCUUAUAUUCAUCCAAAGUGAAUACAUAUAUUGACAGACCUAGAAGUUCAGGAAUUCAUAAGCGGGUUUGAUGAGAGAUUAUUGAGGGUUAAAUGUUUGCACUUAUCAACAUGCACACAAAUACACAUACGAAAUACAUGCCAACACACCUGAUGUCAUGUUUUCAUGAGCAAUUCGCUCUGUAACUCUUUGCAUCUAACUGGAUGUGAUUUUACAGUCAUGCCAUGAGGAGCUAACAUCCAUAUUCAUACAUCUCAUAACGGUUCACUAUAAAUCACAUACCUACAUUGACUUUUUUUUUUUGUUCAACAGCAGAAAGAAUACUUAAAUUUACAGGUAAACUAUCAAAAUGUAUCAGUGUUUGAUAUGUAAAGGUGGACAUUCUAGAGCAAACUAAAGUGUUAAGACCCAGCCUAGAGUGACCACACAAUAAAAUCCAUGUGACUGCAGUCAAUGUUAGAAGAGAACAGAGUCAUGCUAUUUACAGAGGCUUAAACACACACGCAUACACACACACACUUGCAAACACUUAUCUUGUAAACACUUUGGCAGUCCUUGGGCAUGAGGUGCCUUUGAUGCAACAUGGAGGAGUGGUGGAAAAGAAGUCUGGGGAUAAAGAGAGAAGAAGAUAUUUAGUGUUAGAAUGUAGAACUUGACUGCCAUAUGAAUCUAAAAAAAGAGAGGUUUUUGCGUCACGUUCUCUGUUGUUUUGGUCUAUAGGAGAAAGUGAAAAUUAGUUAGUUUCGAUAUGUUACUGUAGAUGACAAAUCAUACGAUAGAUGCUGCUGCUGCUGUCACUUAUUCUCCUCGUCCCUCUCAGUGCUUCUGCAUUUUCUGUCAGAUUUGUUUUCAUGAUGUGCAUAUGAAAAUAUAAAUUUCCUUCUAUGGACUUUGUGGUGUUUUCUAUGGGGAAAAAAAAGUUAUUUGGUCGAAUGAGUUUGAUAAUCCGUUUCAGAGGUCAAAGCAACCACCUUUAUUCAGUGUUGUCCAGCUGUUGUUAUAGAGAUAACACAUUUUGGUUUGUUUGUUUUUUACAGUAUACAUACAGUAUAAUUUGCUCAAAUAAAGUUACACAGACCAAAACAAA